UGAGUUAUCUGAUGAAGUUGUUUAAAAAAAAAAAAAGAGUAGUAGCUGUCAAGAAAUUGGUGGACAUUCAUCAAGGAGAAGAUGUAUUUUGGGCAGAAGUAAGCACAAUUGGCAAAGUCAAUCACAUGAACCUAGUGAGAAUUUGGGGAUUUUGCUCAGAAGAUGAGCACAAAUUACUGGUUUCUGAAUUUGUUGAAAAUGGACUUUGGAGUUUGGACAAGCACUUGUUUGCCUCAAACUUACUUGGAUGGAAAGAAAGGUUUAAAGUUGCACUAGGGGUAGCGAAGGGUUUAGCCUAUCUUCACCAUGAAUGUCUAGAAAGGUUGAUACAUUGUGACGUGAAGCCUGAAAACAUACUCCUAGACAGUGAUUUGAGCCAAAAGAUCGCCGAUUUUGGGUUAUCGAAGCUAACUCAGAGAGAUAGACUUGCUUCAAUCUCUCAGAUUCGAGGAACAAAGGGGUAUAUGGCCCCGGAGUGGGCUAUGAACCUUCGAAUCACUGCAAAGGUAGAUGUUUACAGUUACGGCGUUGUGAUCCUGGAGAUAGUGGAGGGCAUUCGACUUACAAGUUGGGUGCUGGAGGACAAUGAAGAGGAGCAAGAAGCAGAGAUCACUAGGUUUGUGAGGGAAGCCAAAAAUUAAGUUCAACAUGGGAAAGAGUCGUGGAUAGAUGAUGUUGCUGAUCCAAGGCUAGAAGGGCAGUUCAGCAGAAAACAAGCAGCAAAGAUGGUUGAGAUUGGCAUUGCCUGUGUGGAGGAAGAUAGGAACAAAAGACCAACAAUGGAUACAGUGAUACAUACCACAGACUUUGCUAGAAUGUGAAGAUUGUAUUCACAUGCAUUCUCUUAACUAUUAGA